CCGAGUGGAAUAAAAAAAGGGAGGAAGUCAGGAAGCCGCUGCUCGCCUUGGACAGCCAGAACCGACAGGACCAGAACCGCUUGAAUCCGUGAAGCUUAAGCCCCCAAAACACGCUCCCGACAUGUCGAAGAACACCACGGCCGCGCGCUUCCGGCGAGUCGACGUGGACGAGUACGACGAGAACAAGUUCGUGGACGAGGAGGACGCCGGAGAAACGCAGCUGGGUCCCGACGAGGCGGAAGUGGACGCGCUCAUCAGGCAAGGGAAUCUCAAUCAGGCCUUACAAGCGGUCCUGAAGAACCCGCCAAUCAACACGAAGAACCAGAACGUCAAGGACCGCGCUGAGGGCUUGGUGCUCAAGGUGCUCAGCGCCUUCAAGAGCAGCGACAUCGAGAAGGGGGUCCAGACCCUCGACAAGGACGCCGUGGACCUGCUGAUGAAAUACAUCUACAAGGGCUUCGAGAGGCCGUCGGAGAACAGCAGCGCCGUCCUCCUGCAGUGGCACGAGAAGGCUCUGGCAGCUGGAGGCGUCGGCAGCAUCGUCAGGGUGCUCACGGCGAGGAAGACUGUCUAGAAGAGGAGCGGCGUGGAGACGGGAGGCCGAGAAAAGGGAAAACUCUUCAUCUUCAUCUUCAGCCCAACGGGAUCCAACCCGGCUCAAUGGGUUUUAUAAAUACGUUUUUUUCUUUUCUUCCCGAUCACAGCCGACUGAAACCACGUCACUCACGGGGCGCCGCAGAGAGCUCGUCGCAUGACGUCAUAGAUUAGGAUUAUUGUUUUGCACACAUAUUUUUGUUGGAAAUUUAAUAAUCGCAUGAAACAUUUCCCUUUUUUUAAAAAAGAAAAUCAAAAAUAAUUUGCAUUGAAAGUUCAAAACAUUUUACGAGUAAAUAACUUUUUUAUUGGUCAAGUAUUUAAUUGACUCUGGCGUGACGAGACUGUCCCGAUAGGAGGGUUCUGGCCGCAUCGCACUAGAGAUCACUCUGUUCCUCCAUUGACUUCCACACAAACACACAAACAGACAAACAACUCAGUUUAUUCUGCAUCGCCCCCAAAAGAACACAUUUGGGAACACGGAGGAUUCCAGGUCUGCUUCUCAGGGACGACGUUUCCUCGAGUCCUCAGACCUCCUGAAGGAAUCACAGCCGGGUCCGUGAGUCAGGGGGCCUCUCUUCGCCCCGUGGGAUGAGGGUGGGGGUGGGUGUCAACGCUGUUGCAGUUGAUGAUUAUUACCCACGAUGCAUCUCCACCACCACUCUUAUUAAUCCCGCUCUACUAUCCCUCACAUCCCUUCUGUGUGAGUCUCUGCUGCAAUGCAUUGUGGGGCUUUGUUGCCUCUAUGCGUUCGGGAAUGAAAUGUCACCCUGAGGAUCCCGUUUCAGAAUAAUAAUCUGGAUUAAAUAGUUUCCCGGUUUCAGUGUUUCUGUUAUCGUGCAGGCCGACUCUACCUGGCGAUGAGAACGACAAACCGAGCGGCUUGACGUCGCCCGAGCGUCUGAUUUGCAGGAGACUCGAAUAUAAACAACGGCUUCCUGUUUGCAUGAUUCCAUUUGAGAGUUUUGAGUAUUCUGUGAAGCGUUUCAUAUUUUUCUUUUCUACAUGCGUCUCUUCUGGAAACAUUCAUUUGUUUUUAUUGAUCUUGGUUUAUAUUAAAGCUCGUCCACCCAAACGGAUCCUCCACACAUGCUGUCGUCAGUAGGGAAGUUUUAUUAUUACUAUUAUAUUUCCAUAUAUUUUGUUAUGAGGAAAUGUAAUCUGCUUCUUCAGGUAAAUUACAUCUGUUGCCAAAUGAUUUAUUCUGAGUUUGUGUCGUAGAGAGCGAUGUUCAGGUGGAGUUAGGACUAUAAACGGUUUAAACCGACACGCGCGUAAAGUGCGUUACGCUUUUUAAAGAAAAGUUACAAAUAUUGUGUAAACGUGGCGAUCCGAGGAAUAAUCACUUCCAGUCCAGCGGAGCGUCUGGAUGGACGAUGCUCUUGGGCUGAAACGCGUCAGCGAGUCGAUGUUCAGAGUCGAUGAUCCAUCCAGACGUCGGACUCCUUUUCUACUGCACUAAAGUUUUACAUGAGAUGUAAACGGAGAACGACCGGAUUUCUUCUGCUUCAUGUCCACACGCUGAUGUACUGCCUUACUCAAUAUUCCUUUUUUUUAUUUAUGUUUAUGCUUUUUUUUGGGACUCAACUAAUAAAGGUGUGACUGCUGA